AUGCGCGCGCAGAACAACGAGAUGUUCAAUUCGCCUGGUGCAAACCGAGGCACCAACCCCAUGGCUCCGCCAUUCCCCUGGGCUGCCCCACAAGCCCCGUCCGGAUCGACCCCCACUCAGGGUCCGGGCCUUCCAGCUGCAGGUCCUUCAGCCGCACAGGCUUCAGCCUCCCCCGCUGGAGUUCCUCAGACUCCUGGCAACUUCGGUUAUGGCCCCAACCAUUUCUAUCAGCCAAUUCCAAUUGGCAACAACCCUGGCGCUGUAUUCAAUGGCAGACGCCCCGCUCCAGGACAUGCAACCGCAUUUACGGACCCUUUCUACCAGGCACCUACUAGCACUGGCCCGGUUCCGCAAUACCUUCCUCACAACCAUUUGUCAGGUGUCAACCAUGCUUCUGUUGCGCCCCCCAACCGCCCACUGUCUGGAUGCCCUUGCCCUCAUCUACCCGCAUGUCCGUAUCAUCGAGGUGGAUGGGGUAAUGUCAAUCCCCAAGGUCCAAAUGGGCCACCACCACGUGGAGCCAGCGGCCCAGCAAAUGGAUCAACUGCUUGGAACAGCCACAACUGGGACCUGGCUAACAAUGGCUACAAUAACACACCCAACCGCAUGGGAUCUUCUGGAAAUGAUACAGGGUUCCAAAACAGAUUGACUCAGUCGGCUUCGCUCACUCCUGGUCCUGUCCAAUUGAUGCUCACACCAAACGGGUACACCCCCCGGAAUCUGGAGGUCUUGACUUCGGAAGCGCCGGCCAUUCCACGUGCGGUGCCCACGGUUUGGCACACCCAAACGGAGCCAACCUUGCCCAAGUGCCUGGAAAAUCGUGAAGGCAUCAAGAACGUCUACAUUCGCGGUUUCCACCCCGAUACCACUGAUCAAAUGAUCUACGACUACGCCAAGCGGUUCGGGGUGAUUGAGCGCUGCAAAGCAAUUGUUGACCUUGAGACAGGUACUUGCAAAGGAUUCGGCUUCGUGGAAUUCGAGACCCAGAUCGCGUGUGAGAAUGCGAUCAGAGCAUUCCACUACCUUGGGUACCAGGCAAGCUUUGCUCAGCGCUCUCGCAAUGCUCGCUUGAAGGACUUGGAAGACAAGUCAUCCACCAAUAUUUACUGCACGAACAUUCCUGUAGAUUGGACUGAAGCUGAUCUCCGUCGCCACUUCGCGCCUUACCGAGUGGUGUCUGAGAAGAUUAGCCGCGAUGAAUUGACUGGGGUGAGCAAGGAGGUCGGCUUCGCGCGCUUUGAAUCGCGCGAGAUUGCCGAACAAGUUCUGGAGGAAUUCCACAACGUCACGGUGCCAAGUGACGACGUGAGACUUCUGUUGCGCUUUGCAGACACCAAGGCGCAGAAGAUGCUGAAACAGUCGAGCUUGCAGCGUCGGGUCGCUCGCACCGGCCAGUACAACGUGGCUGUGCGCCUUGGACAGCUCCCAUGGACCCCUUCGCCUGAAACCCGGGCGACCACACGCCACGACACUCGCGUCUCUCCCGAGACCGAGAAGAGCGCCGAUAUCACGCCCGAGUCACAAGAGAGCGUGAUCAUUUACACUGGUGACUCGGCACCAGGCCACUGGAGUCCCGCGACCUCGGACUCGUCGCGCGUCAUCUACGCGACUCCCCGGAAGCUUCCUCCAAGCUUCCACCGUCUGACACAGUCAGACGUUCCACAGGAGGCCAGCAUGCUCUUUUCGCCCCCAAGCGUGCAUCGCCGGUCCGCCACUGAGACCACCGUCUCAUCGAAGACCGUGCGUGUGGGGUCGCCCAGCCUUUGA